UUAUGCAGAUAAGGUGAUGCUUUGAUUCAAACGGCAGGAUACACCACACAUGAAAAAUGAAAAACAGCUGCCUCUGCUAACUUGAGAAACCCGCUGUCUAUGCAGGUUAAAUAAAAUGACACGCACCAGUCUCUCUGCUCUCUUCGUAACCAUCUGGUUCUCAGGUCUCGUCUCUGGAGAUGCAUCUUGGGACAUAUCUGUGUGGCAAAUACCUGAGAUAACAACAAAAGAAGGCACCAAUGUCCUCAUCACCUGUCAUAUUAAAGCUGAUUCACGCGUGGAAGGAAUCAUGGUUAAGUGGUUGCGAGAUAAUCAAACUAUAGUGCAGAGUGAAGCGAUUGUUAAGUCUGCCUAUCCAUCGCCUGUAAAUGGAUCUGUGUUUAUCAACGCAACGCUGCACCUGCAGUCAAUAAGUCUAAAUCAUAGUGGCAUGUAUUACUGCACAGCACAUAUGAAUGUACCUGGACUUGGAACUGUUGAAUAUGGAAAUGGGACGCACGUGUAUGCGGCAAUUGUAGUGUCUAAUUCAAGUACAGAGAUAACACCAACUCUCACACCUGUGACUCUGGGAUUCCCACCAAACCCCUAUAAUUCAGACAUAGUGAUGUGGUCCGUUCUUUCAGGCUUCGGUUUUGUUUUGCUGAUCAUCUGUAUUGCCUGUGUUAUUCACAUACAUUAUAAAGUAGGACACUGCAGAAUAGAACCUAGAGCAAAACAAGCCCUGGUUGAUGCUACCCGUGGAUCACAAUGCCCGGACACUCGUGAAACUGUUGUUUAUGCAGCAUUAAACAUUCCUCGAGACAGUGUGAAAUCAAGAAAUGAGAACUGUCCAGCUCCGACACACACUUCAGUGAGCUGCACCGAGGAAUCAGUGACAUACUCUGAGGUCCACAUAAAGAAAGGACCAAAGGAUGAAGGUUAAGCAUUAUUUGCCUGAAUUUUAUUCACACUGUAAUCUUUCGCCUUGCAUAUGACUGUCAUCAACAGUCUUUUAAUGGCACUUCAAGCUUUUGGUCCUGUUUUGCCCAAUUUAGUAAGGGUAUUUCUGUAAAAGUGUAUUUCUCUUUGUGUUUCUUCAUGUAAUACUCAUGAAGACUGAAUUAUUAAAUAUUGUCGGCUCACAUUUGAGUCUAUUUUAAGAUGUAUUGUGCUCA